AAUUCAGUCACGUGCCUCACAUAACCCAAAACAAACAAGAAUUCCGACAAAUUUUAAUUAAUUUCUUGCUAAUUUCACAAUGCCAGUCCUUGCUGAGCUUGCUGGAGAUGAAAAUCUCGAAAAUUGUCGCACAUUUAUACUCGAAAAUGAAGACCACACACUUGCGGGUGUCUUAAAAUUUCUCAUCGGUCGAUAUCCUGAGGUGCAAUUUUGUGGAUACACGAUCCCCCAUCCAGCGGAAAAUACGAUGCAUUUUAAGGUUCAGACCACGGAAGGCACGAGGGCGAUUGAUAUUUUCAAACGAGCGCUCGAAGACACGACCAAAAUUUGCGAUCAUCUAAUAGAAAAGUUCCCUAAAGACGAUGUGAAUCCCAAAAAAGAACCUGAAAGUUAAUUAAAAUUUCAUAAUUUCUUAUUAUAAACAUUUUCUUACAAAUCACUACCGUAAUUUCUGUCCAU